AUAAAUGACCUUUAAACCGGGUCCUUCCCUUCCCCACAAAAGAUUCUAUGACAUCGUUUUCAUUUUUUCUUCAAAAUAUUAAACUUGGAAAUAGUGUCGCAUUUCCUUGUUAAAUAUCUCACUGUUGCUCCUUGUCAUCGUCUUGAUCUUGCUUUCUUACUUCGCUAGAGAUUUUGUACUCUUCCUCCCCCAACUCCUGACUGACUGAGGCCUGGGACCAAUUACUACUCUAGACAAUGAGCUCGAGCAACUCUAAGUGCUCUGUCAAGGGGCUGGAGAAGAUAGAUGAGAAUAGUCCUACUGAGUGGUCAGCAAUGUCUUGUGCCCCUCCUGACACUCCAACUGAAUCCAUGGAGUUUCUGGCCAGAUCAUGGAGCAUCUCAGCCAUGGAGCUCUCCAAGGCACUGAACAAUACCAAUAUCCUGACUUCUACUGGUGUCCAGAUGCCAGUUUCCUGCCCUGCUGCUACCAAGGUCUCCACCGUUUCAAAAGAUUCUCUAACUAAUGGGUGUAGCCCUCCAAUUUCACCAAGAGGCAGUGAGGAAAUGAAGGAGUUAUUUUUACUUCAUCAGACACUCAAUCCAGAGUUCCUUUCCGGUCAACACUUAAUUCGAAAUGGGCUCUACAAGAGUUUAUUAAAAGGGAAGACCAUGGGUAGGUGGAAGAAAGAUCAAAAGGAGAGGAAAAAGCAGGAAAUAAGGACACAUAAUGCUCAAUUGCACGCGGCAGUAUCUGUGGCAGGCGUUGCUGCUGCAGUAGCUGCAGUUGCAGCUUCAACAGCAUCACCUGAAAUGCCAUAUACCAACCAAAAGGAUCCUCCAAAGACUUCUGCUGCUAUAGCAUCUGCGGCAGCUUUAGUAGCUUCUCACUGUAUUGAAAUUGCAGAAGAUAUGGGAGCUGAUCAUGAUCAAAUCUUAACGGCGGUUAACUCUGCAAUUAAUGCUAAGACCAAUGGAGACAUAAUGACUUUAACAGCCGGAGCAGCUACAGCCUUGCGAGGAGCUGCUACUCUAAAAGCUAGGCUGCAAAAGGGGAUUGGAAGCUCAACAUUUCCUUUAGUGGAGGAAAUGUGUGAAGAAGGUAAAGAAGCGAACAUCUUAACAGCACUAGACUGUGUCUUCAGAGGAGGAGAACUUCUCAAACGCACAAGAAAAGGGGAUCUUCACUGGAAGCGAGUGUCCUUCAUUGUGAAUUCAAAUAUGCAGGUUGUAGCCAAAUUGAAAAGCAAGCAUAUGGGAGGAACGUUCAAGAAAAAGAAGAAAUAUAUAGUCACUGGAGUGUGCAGUGAUAUACCAGCUUGGCCUGAAAGGGAAAGGGAAGACAGCAUUGAGAAGAGGGCUUAUUUCGGAAUAAAAACAGCAGACAGGAUAAUAGAAUUUGAAUGUGCAAGUAAACAUGACAAACAGAUAUGGAUUGAGGGGAUCAAGCAUGUGCUGAAUUGCCGUGCCAGACUAACAUAGUCCAUACAUGGUUAAAAUUGGGGUUGCAGUAAAUAUGGUUUUUGAUUUUGUUCUAUUUUUCUCCUUCUGAAUGGCUUCAAGUCAUGAAGUGAAUGUCUUUAACUUAUUGAGCAGUCAAUUGGUUGGCAAGGCAUAACUUUUCACCA